GCUGUUGAACAAUGUUCAUGGUGUAAAUGUGCAAAACGUUGGCAACUUGCUAUCUUGGCUAAUUUUGGAUUUUUAAUUGUUUUUGGUAUACGUUGUAAUUUUGGCGCUGCAAAAAAUCAUAUGGCACGUGAUUAUACAGAUCCAUGGGGCAAACAUCAU